GCGCCGGGUUAACGGCUCUACGCCGGCGGUGCAAGCUAGCGCGCGGGGCUAGCUGGCGCCCGAUACCCCAUCGUCGAAGCUAGGGGAAAAGGACUCGCUAAAAAGCCCACUCAAAAGGACGACACCCCGACUGCUGCCCAGACCUCUCUAUUUUGUACUCCGGCCACUAGCCGUGUUUUAUUACUUGUUUUGUCAACGGAGUUUCAGCUGCCAGUUCGUGUUUUUGUAUUCUUCAUCCCGUAGAGAGGACUCCGUUACCGUUUCGCUUCGUCUCAUCUCUUUUUCACGGUGCAUCAGUCAAGAAGAAGUCAUUCAUUUGUCUACUCGUGUUUAAAGCCAGUUUUUGUAUAUCUAUAUAGUCGGGUUCUUCGAAAACGCCUUCUUCGUCUCUGCUCAAAGGCCAACUUCUGAUCGCCGCCGCCGACUGCCAGCUGUGUUUCCUCUGCAACCUCUGCUAGGCAAGCCUCUACUAGCCGCCUGUCGCCUCACACUUCGUUCUUUGGAUGCAUUCCGCUCCUUAUGUUUAACAAUCAAGUGGGAAGGGGUAUCCAUCGCCAAACAACGUGGCCGACUCCUCGGAGGCAGGCGCGGGUCCCGGCAGGAUGCAGGUUGAGAUCCAAGUGGCUCUCAACUUCCUCGUCUCCUUCCUGUAUAACAAGCUGCCCAGGAGAAGGGUCAACCAGUUCGCCGAGGAACUGGACAGGGCACUCAGGCGAAAGUUCCGGGGACACUGGUAUCCGGAGAAGCCGUACCGGGGCUCGGCGUUCCGCUGCGUGAAGACGUCCCCUCCCCUGGACCCGGUGUUCCAGAUCGCGGCUCGGGAGAGUGGAGUCGACCUGCGGGAUGUCCGGGAGAACUUGCCCCCGGACCUGAGCAUCUGGAUAGAUCCCGGCGAAGUGUCCUAUCGCAUAGGCGAGAAAGGCGCGGCACAGGUGCUUCUGGGUGGCCCCCAGUCGUCUGUCUCCGAAUCGCGCUGCUGCUCGACCAGCCCCAACUCGGCCGAUGAGGCCCUGGUCGCUCAAUUGGCUGGCCUGGGCCUCGGUCCCAGCGCCGCCAUGACGCCCCUGUCACCGGGAUCAGCCGGCGCCCAGGCGGCCGCCUCGGCACCAGCGCUGGGCGCCGUCGCAGCCGUGGCUGCCGCCGCUGCCGGUUCCUGCACAAACCCCGGGGCGGCCACUCCGGUCGUCAACGGCACGGGAACGCGCUCCCUCACCUUCACCACGGCCAGCUUCGCACAGACAAAGUUCGGCUCGACCAAGCUCAAGACAAGCUCCAAGCGCGCCCAGAGACUCUCGCCCACCGAGCUCAGCCUGAGGCGAGAGCAGCAGCAACAGCAGCAACAUCAACAGCAACAACUCGUCGCCAGGGGGCCUGCAGCGGUGCCGACGAGCGGCAACCCCAUCUCGCCGCACGAUCUGUACGGAUCGGCGGCGGCCGCUGCGGCUGCUCUCCCCCUUGAUGCGUUCGGCGAUGCGGCCGCCGCGGUGGUGGCGUCGCAGGUGGCGGCGGCAGCGGCGGCUGCUUGCCCGCCGCCGCCUCCCACGACUGCGUCGCGGUUCGCGGCAGCGGCGUCUCCCUUCUUGGCUGCGGCUGCUGGUGGUUCGUUUCAGGGACAUCAUCAUCAUCACCACCACCACCCGCAUCACCACCACCACUCGGUGGUGUCCGGUGCGGCUGCCGAGCUCGGGGCGGCGCUCCAGCAGCACCUGCUGUUGGCCAACUAGUCGGAGCAGCGCAGCAACUGUUCUUUCUUUUUGUACUUUUUGUUAUUUCCUAGAGGGCCCACACUCUCAUGUUGAAAAAAAAAAGAAAUGAGCUACUGCAUUGUCAGCCAAGAGGUUUCGGCUGAAUGGAAGCCGAAGCUGUGGCCACAGUGGCUCAUUUAACAAUUGUUGUUGAAUGUGACCAUCGAGGAGCAAGACGGAAUGUCAGAAAGAAAGUGAAAAAUUAGUAGGACCUCUAGACGCCCUUGAUUAAAAGAGAAAUGCUUGCGCUUUGCUUGACCAGUGCCAGUUUGGUCUAAUUCGGAGGGCCGAUGCUUUAACAAGGAGCAACCUUGUUUUAAUAACUCCUUUAUUCGAGAGCAUAUAAACAGUCUUGUAUUUGAGUUCAUUUCUUUAGGGCGGGCUCUCAUUGUCCAAUCGUUUCACGCGUACUAUGCGCUGGCGCCCAGCGGAGGCGGAAAUACACUCUUGCUGUAUGAAGGUAAACACGAUACUGACUGGUUGUUCUGUGAAGUUGAGCAUCUACUAGUACUUUCUCAACAGUUGUUGGAUAACUGCAAAAACAAAUAAACAGAAUGAUCGCUUCUGUAAAAGCACUCAGAAGAGAAGGUCAUCGUACAUAAGUUUCCACCUGUUGCAUAACACCGCUCGAAAAAAAAAUCUUUUAGUGAGCUGUAGCGCCAGCUUUCAAAGCGAAAUUAGUAUUGAGAUAAACAGAGAAUGGCUUGUUGGCUGAAUAUGAGGGGCAGAGCGUUCCAUUUGUCAUGGAAGUUGUUAAAGCUUCAACGAUGAAGAGCAGCCUUUUUCUUGAAGAUAUUUCUUUACGGAACACACAUUGUUCGAAGGUUGUGUUCUUGUUGUAGUUUUGCAUGUUACGAGAUCAUUGUAACGAAUGUUUCCAUAUAAAGUACAGAGCUUUUAAGAGUCGUUGAAGUGUUCCCCUUACGUUAGAGAGCGUUGCCAAUGCCGCAGGGGCAGCACACAAGAAACUAUCUCUUGUUGAGUGUCCUAAGAAGGAAACGGUGUACAAAAUAGUUUGGUUCGGUCUGUUUUGAUUCGUCGCGUUGUAGUUCUCGCGUUCGGCCAACUUGUCCACCUUGACUAGAGUUGCAGCCGCGCCAUUAGCAAGGGGACCCUCAGGAAACCGCUUGUUAAGGAUGACCGCGUGUGUGACGUUAGUUAAACAAAGAGCGGCAGGUCCUUAGCUACUGCGGUUGCCAAAAAUUCGUUCCCACGAAAGAUGCACAAGGCAACAACAAUUUAUACCCUGAGUGUCAUGUUUAUCACACAAUCCAUCGCAUGUUUAGUUUCACAGAAAAUUGCUUGUCUGUUGUAUUUUCUUGCAUAGUUUCGUUUUCCAGUUUAUGGACACUCGGAACCAAAUAUUAUUAUUAUUGCCAUCACUGCUUUCAAAGCUUUGUGAAGAGCACCGUUACAAUAUUUGUUAUGGGAAUCAUAGAUGUCCUCUGCAUUCGUCUCAACUUAGCUAAAAGAAGAGAUACUGAUGCUUUUAAUAGCGUGGCUUCCUUUCACGCUGUAAAAUGUAUACCUCCGCUAUUGUAUUACACACAUCGCACAAACUUCUGCUCUAAGGCCAAUCCUAUAGCGCCUGAAAGAUAUAUAUUCGUUGAGAAAAAGACCAAUGAAGAUGUCUAUUUUUGACGACACGCAUGUUUUCCAGAUGUAAACGUUUAGGAAGCUGUAGUUGCUGUUGAUGUUGAACAAUAUGUUGUUGAACAUUUCUGGGCGUCUGGAGGUUCUUCCACGGCAUACCGAAACGAGCGCCAUAUGCUAAUCUUGACGUCUAAGUGUUACGGCAAAAUCAUAAGUAGGACCAUUAGAAAAAGAAACAACUAAACAAAAUAAAUAAUAUCAACUUUAGUGAACGGAACCUGUCAGGAAAGGAAGUGUCAAAGAAUGUUCACUACAACGCAGACAUUAGGCUUAGACCUUCGACAAAAUAGCGUCCGCUUAGCAGGUGGCGCCAGUUUCUCCAAUGUGCAUUAACUAUACCAUUGCCGUGGUUCGGCGUCGCAUAGAAUUGUUGGGUGUUCAUCUCGUGGUCCUGAGGUGCCAGGGCAGAAAUUGUUAACAUCCCACCCGGCGUUUGUAUUUGUAGCGAAGUUAGUUACAACCAUGGCUAAUGUAGGUGGUUGAAGGACGCUGGGCCACAAACGUGCGCCCCUCGUUAGGGGUGCUGCAGACGCUCGCCUAGCACUGGCACGCAGAAGACGGGAAUUUCGCCGCCGUGUGCGACAUUCGUCCUCGUGGAAAGCUCGCAUAAUAAGUUGCAAGCCGUCAACCCUAAUAGAGCUUCGGGCCUGCCUUAGGCGUACACAAUUUUCCGAUGAUGAAACACUUCAGAGAGAGGGGGAGAGAGGCGCCCGCUUUGAUCGUUGCAAGACAAGGCAAUCGAGAUUAGCACUCAGUCAAACUAGCGAGCCAACAGGACCUGUAGUCAUGUUCGAGGAAAAGUCACCCUGGUUCUAUUAUUCCGGUAUCUUUACCGUUUUGAGGAAGUGAGAGCCAGUGAUCCUGCUUGUUUUUGUAUCGUAUUACAAUAGCGAUUGGUAGCGGCACUAUAACGACGGCAACAGAGUCUCAGCAUGCCACUUCUGACAUGAUGCACUGCCUUUGAGGUGACUGUCACGUCAUAUCGGGCGAAGCGCACUGUUCAACUAUCGGGUGACGAGGCGGGCUCUGCAGCUACGCCGGGACAGUUUAGUCCAGUGCUUUGUUGCCACGGGCCGUCAUGGAACCUUCCCGCCAUAGAAUCGAAUGGCGGAAAGCAGACGCUGGGACGUCAUUCUGUCACUCAGAGAGCCAGAGCUGACGAAGGCGACGCGUUGCGGCGCUAAAAGAGGUCUAGUCAAGUGCAAAGAGCUACGACUCGUUCAUUACUGCCGUGACGUCACUUCCGCUGGGUCCCCGCAACGGCGCGUCACGUGACUCCCCAGGGGCGAGUGGAACGCCACCGGCGUUUCUAGGCGGAAGUGACGUAGGUGCUCAGACUCUGUUCUCCUCGAAUAGUUCAGCUGCGUUGCCAUUGCCUGGUUCCCAGUUUCCCACAUUUUCAAUUGAGUGAUACAUAUAUAUACAUAUUGUGGACAACCUUUCUCACUCGCCUUUUUCCGUGUCGUUUUUUCUGUACUCGUUUUUUCUACUACGAGGUGUGUCGGUGUGUUUGAUACAGAAUGACCGCGCGAUGACCGGGUUGUAUGUACUUCUCUGUAAACGACACUGCCGCUAGGGGCGCCGUGAAGCUCGUCUGCUACACCUGCGCCACGCUUGUUACUGCGCGCACUCAUUAUACUCAAGGCGUGGUAUGCGUACGUAGCAGCUUAGACGUGGUACAUACCAAAAAUUCGCGUUGGCCUUGCCAGAUGAGGGCUGCAUUUCCGCGUCAGCGUUGCGGAGAACAUGGCUGUGACAAUUAUGAACAAUAUUUUUUUUUCUUUUCAUAUCGGCGACCGUUAUCUUUCCUGUGCCAUUCAUAAAGCUAACAUUCUGAAUCUGUUUGAAUUACGAAGAAAGCAGGAGUUUAAGUUCCCAAUUCAUAAUCAGCUGGCGCAAAAUGAUUCGUUUUUUGAUUGAUAGUAACUAGGGCACGAGCUUCGGGAGAUUCAUUCAUUCACAAAAAUUUAAUUGUGUCCUGAAGCCCGGUCUUUUCAGACCGAGGCGGGCCACGUCCACGUUGGUAUCGUCAGGCUAACCUUGUGGCGUCAUCGUGGACCUUCUGGACUGCCCGUAGUCGGUCUUGAUAAGACGCGCUUCGCACCAUCGUCUGCCAGUAGAGCCAUUGUUCUUCGGGGUCGGCGAGAGUCGUAGGACAGCCCGCCAGCAUGUGUCUGAUCCCAGUGAUGCCGUCGCCUUCGUCACACUUGUCUUGAAUUUCACUGCGAGAAUAAAUAUUGCUGUGCCUGCAGACCGCAUUAUCCAAAUCCACAUCGAACUCUUUUCCCAGACUGAUCCCUCAGACACGUUGCUAUCAAUGUGGCCGUUAGUCGUACAGCCAGACGCGCUUCGCAGCAAACCGAGCGGCACUGUCACGUAGCAUUGUAUCGUCGUUGUCGUCAAGCUUCGUCGUUGUAAUCGUCAUAUUUUUAUAUCUAUACGAAAACAGAAUAAGAGUUUUUUUUAGGUUGUCGUAUUUUAGUUCUUGCGGGGUCCGCUGCAUUUUUCCAGGCAGAGGGAGCGUCAGUACAAAAGGUCAGAUUUCGGUACGGGCACUGUGCGGAGAAGCGCAUGCGCGGUUUGUCGCACUGCGCGUGAAGUGAGCGUAUUAACGCCGUCGUUAGAACUAUACGCGUGCUCUGGGUUUCCCCUUGGAGGAGGGAGAGAGUCAAGCGUGACCGCAGCGCCCCCAACCCUCCUCCCUGCACUUCGAUUGGUUGAGUACGAAUGUAAUAUAAACUUCAAAACGCCUGCUCUUAUGAAUAUGAAGCGAUGACGUGCUUUGUACAAUGGCCGACCAUUGGUUCCUCGCAUUCUGAUAGAACAAGGGAAGUAGGCUAAACAGCUCUUCCAACGCUGUAUAAAGUCCUCGGCUGUCAAUACUGUCAAAAACCUGUACAACCAUGACCCUGCGCUAUAAGCGAUGGAUGGAUAUGUCCGACUGAGUACUGAGUUAUAUUAGAUGAUUAGGAAGAGCAACUCGUCGCCAGGGCCAGGAGGGCAGUAGAAGCCAGAGGGUUCCUGGACUAAGAAGCCCUCCCACCUCAGGGUGACAGUGGGCAUUGCUCGGGACUCUGUUUCAAAAAAAAAAAAACGUUUACUUCUCUCUCUCUAGGGGGAGCAGCCACUCUUACUCGUGCGCACGCAUAUGGUUAAGGCGAUAGCGUGAAAAGUCGCGAGACAUUGAAACGAGACUGUAGUCACGACGGGGGAACAGUGAGAUAUCGACCGGGGCGAAGAGAAUCUAUUUUGUGUGUGGCGCAAUAAGCAUAGCGAGGGGUUCGAUCUCCGCCAACCCUCUUUCGCCCCCCUCCACAUUUUGCUUCUGAGUCCGCAAAAUGUAAAUGCAUAUAUAUGAAUAUAUCUACUAUAUCCAUUUACGCCUACAACGUAACACAAAGGACAAGAACCCAGUGGCCUCCCAAUCAAAAUUCUCGACGCGGUGCAAGAAGGAACCAUGGCAAGGAACAAACAUCGGAACUCACUAGUCGCGCUAGCCUUCGAUAAUCUGGCCGGAAAUGACAAUUCCUGGCGCCAUUUAAAUUCAGAAAUGUCAUAAAGCUCACGAUCUUGGCCAGUUAUGACUAAUCUGAAUGCCUUUUGCUAUUGGAUGAAAAAAAAAUAUGUCAAUGUUCUCAUAUCCUACCGUGCCCUGAAACAUGCAAUCUUUCCCAAUACGACUGGUGCACAAUGAAGGUACGGUGCAUCUUAUUAGUUGAAAAGUGUCAGUGCUUUAUCACAUUCUCCAUAUUAUUCGGCAUCUUGACAGCUAUAAUUGGUAGACAUGGUGGUAUAGCUUCUUUUAUUGGCUAAAAAACCACAACGUUUCAAAAUUCUGUCAUAUUCUGAGACUCGCCAUCUGGUCAGAUCUAUGUGGCCUAUGAGACGGCUGCUGUUGGUCCCAUUGAGCAAAAUAUCUUUACGCUGUCAAAGUCUGCCCUUUAGUAUGAAACUGGCCUUGUCAGUUGUAAGAUGUCCACAAGGCGGGUACAGCGUACCCCUUUGGUUCGAAAAUCUCAACCCUAACAAAUUCAGCCAUUUUUGGAAGCUCGCCACAUAGUUGGUGGUCGCCACAUUGUUGGCCGUUCACAAUUCGUGUGCAGCCUCUCCCAUUGGCUAAAAGAUCUCGAUAUUCUCAAGUACUGCCAUAUUGCGUUAGACACCAUAUUGUCUGCUGCGGUCGGACCACAAGGCAGCUGAAGCACCUCCCAUUGGCUCGAAAAUUGCUCUCGUAUCCUCAUACUCGCUGGCUUGUUAUUUAACACUGGUGUUUUCCACAAUAGAUAAGAAAUCGGAGUGACUUAACGCUGGGAAUCAGCCGUAACUGGCGCGAUCAAGGAGCUCCGAUGAUUACAGUUCCAACCAGGCCUUCCUUCAGCAUUACGACAUAAAGCACCACACGGCUACCUGCCCGUCCGCGCAAUAAUGCGCCGCCAAACCACCGAGGUUGGCAGCAUGCGACAGAGCCUCGGAAAAAGUUGGCAUAGAACGUCAACUCCUGGCGGACGACGACAGGACGGCUCCGCAGCGUUCUCAAAAAGCGAGGGCCACGCCGACGUUGUUCUCAUUUUUCUUUGUCGAAGCUUUGUUGUUCAUUUAGAAGAAGAGGGAGGCCUCGCGUCUUCAAAGCUAUUUUCGUAUGCCAGCUGAAGAAUGCUAGACCUAUCAGCGAGCCGGGGACCGGUACGUUAUGUGGGGCGCCGCGUCGAAGGGUUGGGUUGGUGUGGUCGAUGACGCGGUCGUGUUUGUGAUGGUUUCCCGCUGUUGUUGUUGAUGUUGCUGCUGCUGCUCCUGUUGUUGCGCGUGUCGUGCAGUAGUAGUAGGGUGGCGCUACAAGCCGAAGAGGUCGUCCUCGUGUUGCAAUGAGAGUGGUGGUGUGUGCGUUGGAAAGCGUUCAUUUAGCGCAGGCACGGAGUGGUAAGAGACGGUGCCAAGACGAAAUUGGAACGGAGGACAAAACAGCGGGUUGGUGUCAAGCCUGGGGUGUUUAUUGGAAGCUGCUGCAAAAUUUAUGAAACUUGUAGGGUGCCGAACAGAGCCUGUGGCGAUAUAGCUAGCUGGAAAACGUGACACGCUGUUCACACUUACCGCAUGCCACAAGAUAUGACGACGUGUAUUUCGAGUAACGUAUUGGUUGUCCUUGCAAAAGAGCUGAGGGUUAUGUGAACAUUGGGCGUGAGCCAGUUUCGCUUUUCGUCUGCUAGCCGCUUCGCCAUUGGUUUCACUUCCGUCAUCUAUAUCACUUAUCGUCUGUUCCACUUGUAGUAUGCUUCACUUCCGCUAGGUCUCUCGUUCCUAGUUCUUUUGGCGCCGCCUCCCCGUGUCUUGCACAAAAUGACAGAGAUAAGAGAAAAAAGAGAGAGAAGAAGAGUGGAAGCAAGAGAUGAGAGUGUGAUAUGGAAGAAGCGCAGUGAUAUCCACGUCCUAAGAUUCCAAAGGUGUUAAAAAAAGAUGCAUAUAAUACACAACAGGAAGUCCCUUUUAUCUUUUGUACUUUGACUUAGUGCAGAUGAUACGCGCCCCGUGGCGCUCGUCUGCUGACGAGGCAGCCACACACUGUCUGCACUGUUUCUUCACAUCUUGUUACAUUUUAAUAAGUUUUUAAAUAAAUGUUGGACAAAAGCGUCGCCAAA